AUGAAGAAGAUACGAAAUGUUCUAAUUCUAGGUGCAAGAUUCAAAUCAAAUUAUUCAAAGACUUUACUACUACCUCAAACUAAAUUUGGACCAAAGAUUCCACAAGGUGAACAAGCUGAAACUCUACUAGAAAAGACAUCUGAAGAAUUAUAUAACUGGCAAUUGAUCAAUAAUGCAAAUCGAUCAAAAUUUAUUUUACAUGAUGGGCCACCUUAUGCUAAUGGAGACUUACAUGUUGGACAUUCAUUGAAUAAAAUUAUAAAAGAUAUUAUUAACAGAUUUCAACUCAUUUAUCAUAAUAAAUUAAUUCAAUAUAAAGUUGGUUGGGAUUGCCAUGGGUUACCUAUUGAAAUUAAGGUUGAAAAUCUAUUAUCAAAAGAUGCGACUGAUGUUGAAAUAAGACGAAAAUGUAAAGAAUGGGCAAAUACAAUGAUUGAAAAACAAAAGGAACAAUUUAAAAAGUUUAACAUCAUGACGAAUUUUAAUGAUCCAUACAUUACAAUGUAUCAUGAUUAUGAAAUUAAACAAUUGAAAAUUUUUAAAAAAUUAAUGGAAAAUGGUUUGUUAAGUCAACAAUUAAAACCAGUUUGGUGGGGAUGUGAUACUCAGACUGCAUUAGCUGAAGCUGAAUUAGAAUAUAAUGAUAAACACAAGUCAAUUGCAAUAUAUGUUAAAUUUCCAAUAAUUUCAAAUGGAAUAUAUGAUUACUUGAGUAAUAAACUGAUCAAUAUUGAAAAUGGGAAAUUAAAUGUGUUGAUAUGGACAUCUACUCCAUGGACAAUACCAGCUAAUAAAGCAGUCUGUGUAAAUAAAAAUUUAAUUUAUACAUUAAUUCAUAAAGAUGAUGAGUAUUUGAUUGUUGCUAGAUCUUUAGCUCCAGAAGUAUUGAAACUAGAUGAAAGUUAUACUCAAAUUGAUAUAGAAAUACCAGGGUCAUCAUUAACUAACAAUACUUACAUAGAUCCAACGUCAUUAGAUAAUGAUCCCAGACGAAUCUUGCAUGGAGAUCAUGUUAUUGAAACUGCUGGUACAGGUUUAGUACAUAAUGCUCCAUCACAUGGUAAAGAAGAUUAUCUCAUUGGUAGAGUAAAUAAUUUAGAAAUAGAUUCAAUAGUAGACAAUCAAGGAAGAUAUAUUGAUUCUGAAUUGCCAUCUGGAUUUAAAAGUCUAGGUGGUUUUAAAGUAACUGAAUCAAAGACAAAUAUGUUGGUAGUCAAUUUAUUAAUGGAAACCAACCAAAUUUUCAAUUUGAAUAAAAAAUUCAUCCACUCGUAUCCUUAUGAUUGGAGAUCAAAAACACCAGUUAUUCAAAGAUCGACACCACAAUGGUUUGUGAAUGUUGAAAAAGUCAAACCAUUUGUAAAAGAAGCAUUAUCUAAAGUCAGAUUUUACCCAGAUUUAGGAAUUAAUAGAUUAUCAAGUUUUAUAGAGAAUAGAAAUGAAUGGUGCGUAUCAAGACAAAGAUGUUGGGGAGUACCAUUACCUAUAGUAUAUAAAAAAAGUGAUGACUCUCCAAUAACAGAUUUAAAAGUGAUUGAUUAUAUAGUGAAUAAAAUCGAUCAAUAUGGAACUGAUGAGUGGUUUACCGAAGAAGAAAAUAUUAGUAGAUGGUUACCAUUUGAUGGUUCUGAUUAUUAUAAAGGUAAAGAUACAAUGGAUGUUUGGUUUGAUUCAGGUACUUCAUGGAGUACAUUAAAUGAAAAUUUGCAAGAUUGUAAUAUAGCUGAUGUUUAUCUUGAAGGUAGUGAUCAACAUAGAGGAUGGUUUCAAAGUUCUUUACUUAAUAAAAUCAUAUUUUCAGGUGAAAAUGGUUCAAAUUUUAAACCAAUAGCUCCAUUUAAAUCAAUUAUAACACAUGGUUUCAUUAUUGAUGGUAAAGGUCAAAAAAUGUCAAAAUCAAAAGGAAAUGUUUUUUCACCAAUUGAAGUAAUUGAAGGAUGUAAAAAACCAGUUACACCAUACCUUGGAUCUGAUGGUUUAAGAUUAUGGGCUGCAUCUUCUAAUUUUAAACAAGAUGUAACUUUCAAUAUCGAUAUACUAAAAAGAACCUCAGAAAUGCACAAAAAGUAUAGAAUUACAUUUAGAUAUUUAUUAGGAAAUUUGAACAAUUUCAAUUUCAAAAACCCAGUACCAUAUCAUGAAUUAUCCGAUUUAGACAAGUAUAUAUUACAUACAUUGGUUGACUUACAAAACUCAUGUACUGAAAAUUAUGAAACGUAUAAUUUUGCAAGAAUAAUAAAUUCAGUUAAUUUACAUCUCAAUUCAAUAUUAAGUGCUAUAUAUUUUGACGUUUCAAAGGAUUGUUUGUAUACAGAUUCAGAAGAUUCUUUAAGAAGAAGAUCAAUUCAAACUGUAUUAAAUGAGAUUUUAAAAACUUAUAUUGGUAUAUUAUCUCCAAUCCAACCAUUAUUAACACAAGAAGUAUGGAAUGAGUAUCAAGAUAUAGUUGAUUUAAAAAUAGAUUCACCUUUCAAAAUGAAAUGGAAUGAAUUUUAUGCAUUACCAGAAUUUUUUGAAAAUCAGGAAUUGUCAAAUAAAUUUGAUGAAUUUUUCCAAUUAAGAGAUCAAAUAUUUAAACAAGUUGAACAUUUGAAAAAUGAAAAUUAUUUUAAAAAUAAAUUAGAAUUAGAGAUUGAAGUAACGUCAAUACCUGAUACAAAUAUUUAUAAAUUUUUAAUAGCUAAUCAAAACUACCUUGAUGAUUUACUUUUAGUUUCAAAAGUUAAUAUUAUCAAAGGAGACCGAGAAUCCAUUAAAAUCCAACAUUCAACUGAUUAUAAAUGUCCAAGAUGUUGGAAAUUUACGUCAACUAUUGACGGCACGAUAUGUUCCAAAUGUAGUAAUGUAAUUAAAUAG